AUGCCUACUUAUGUGCUUUUACCUGGAUUCUCCUUCAGUUUACCAUCUUACCUGUGUUUAGAACAUAAGGUUGCUGAUGUCAGGAACUUCUGUCACAGCCUGGUAGUAGACACUGUACGAGUACUUUUGAGUCAGAAGCAAGUGCCCCAUGGUGCCCAGAUGUCCAAGGAUGAGUUUGGCAUGCUCAGCAAAGAUCUUGUAAAUCAGCUCAGCUUUGGCUGGAUGUACAAAAAACGGGUUGGAGAAGAUGUAUCAGGGAGUCUGUGCCCAGUACCUCCUCCUCCUGAACGGAUGGCUUGUGAAAUUCCCUGCCGAAUGGAUUGUGUGGUGAGCGAGUGGACAGAGUGGUCAUCCUGUUCCCAGUCCUGUUCAAAUAAAAACUCAGAUGGAAGACAGACCAGGACAAGAACUAUCCUGGCAUUGGCUGGAGAAGGUGGAAAACCAUGUCCUCCUAGUCAGGCCCUCCAAGAAUAUCGUUUAUGCAAUGACCAUUCCUGUGUGCAGCUCUACUGGGAGACAUCCCCUUGGGGCCCCUGUUCUGAAGACACAUUGGUAACUUCCCUUAAUGCAACUAUUGGCUGGAAUGGAGAAGCUACAUGUGGUGUGGGCAUUCAGACACGGAGAGUCUUCUGUGUCAAGAGUCAUAUGGGACAAGUGAUGACCAAAAGAUGUCCAGAAUCUACUCGACCUGAAACUGUGCGUCCCUGUUUCCUCCCAUGCAAAAAAGACUGUAUUGUGACUUCUUUCAGUGAGUGGACGCCCUGCCCGAAGUUGUGCCAAGCAAGAAAUGCCACAAUAAAACAGUCUCGAUACAGGAUUAUCAUCCAAGAAGCAGCCAACGGAGGCCAGGAAUGCCCAGAUACCUUAUUUGAAGAGAGAGAGUGUGAAGAUGUCUCAUUGUGCCCUUUAUAUUGGUGGAAGCCACAGAAAUGGAGGCCUUGUAUCUUAGUGCCAGAGUCUGUCAGGCAGGGAAUCAUGGGCACCAGUGAAGCCUGUGGAAAGGGGUUACAAACAAGAGCUGUCUCAUGUAUCUCUGAUGAUAACCAGUCAGCAGAAAUGAUGAAAUGCCUCAAGCAGACAAACAGCAUGCCUCCCCUCGUGCAAGAAUGCAUGGUCCCAUGUCGAGAAGACUGCACCUUUACUGCUUGGUCCAAGUUUACACCCUGCUCCACCAGUUGUGAUGCCACCCAAAGCAGGCGGCGACAGCUCACAGGGAAAAGCAGGAAAAAGGAGAAAUGCCAGGAUGCUGAUCUGUACCCACUUGUGGAAACAGAACCAUGUCCUUGUGAUGCAUUUAUAUCCCAACCUUAUGGAAACUGGUCCGAUUGCAUUCUUCCAGAAGGCAGAAGGGAUCCUCAGCGAGGAUUGCGGGUACAAGGCAACAGCAAAGAAUGUGGAAAAGGUGUGCGCUUUCGAGCAAUAGCCUGCUCUGAUAAAAGUGGAAGACCUGUUGACCCCUCCCGCUGCAGCAGCUCUGGGUAUAUUCAAGAAGAAUGUGUUAUCCCCUGCCCAUUUGAUUGCAAGUUAAGUGAUUGGUCUAGUUGGGGGUCUUGCAGUUCAUCUUGUGGGAUUGGAGUGAGAAUUCGAUCCAAGUGGCUAAAAGAAAAACCUUACAAUGGAGGUCGACCAUGUCCCAAACUGGAUCUCAAGAAUCAGGCUCAGGUGCAUGAGGCAGUCCCAUGUUACAGUGAGUGCAAUCAGUAUUCCUGGGUUGUAGAACACUGGUCUUCAUGCAAAAUCAACAAUGAGCUGAGGUCCCUACGCUGUGGUGGAGGAACACAAUCUAGGAAAAUCAGGUGUGUGAAUACUGCUGAUAGUGAAGGGGGAGCAGUGGAUAGUGGCUUGUGCAACCAGGAUGAAAUUCCCCCAGAAACCCAGUCCUGUUCUCUUCUGUGUCCCAAUGAAUGUGUCAUGUCUGAGUGGGGACAUUGGAGCAAAUGCCCACAGUCAUGCGACCCCCACACAAUGCAGAGAAGAACUCGUCAUCUCCUGAGACCAUCGCAGAGCUCAAGGACGUGUGCUGAAGACUCUCAGGUGCGGCCCUGCCUCCUUAAUGAAAAUUGCUUCCAGUUCCAGUACAAUCUAACAGAGUGGAGCAUGUGCCAGCUAAGUGAAAAUGUCACCUGUGGUCAAGGCGUCAGAACCCGCCUGCUGAGCUGUGUGCGCAGUGACGGCAAGCUGGUUGGCAUGGACCAGUGUGAGCAGCGUAAUUUGGAGAAGCCCCAGAGAAUGAGCAUUCCCUGCUUGGUGGAGUGUGUGGUCAACUGUCAGCUCUCAGGGUGGACGGCUUGGACGGAGUGUUCACAGACCUGUGGCCAUGGAGGUCAAAUGAGCCGGACUCGAUUUAUCAUUAUGCCAACCCAAGGAGAAGGACGGCCAUGCCCCACAGAGCUUACCCAGCAGAAAACCUGCCCAGUGACCCCCUGCUACAGCUGGGUCCUUGGCAACUGGUCUGCAUGUAAAUUGGAGGGUGGAGACUGUGGGGAAGGAGUGCAGGUUCGCAGCCUUUCCUGCGUGGUCCACAAUGGUUCCAUCUCUCACACAGCUAUCCAUGCAGAGGAUGCACUGUGUGGAGAAAUGCCCUUUCAAGACAGCAUCCUGAAGCAGCCGUGUUCUGUGCCCUGCCCAGACAAAUCUGCAAAUGAUGAUGGGAUUUCCUUUGUAGGAGGCUGCUCCCCUCGGGCACGUCCUGCUGCUAUUCGGCAGUGCAUUCCAGCCUGCAAAAAACCUUUCUCCUACUGUACACAGGGCGGAGUCUGUGGUUGUGAGAAGGGCUAUACCGAGAUAAUGAGAUCAAAUGGUUUCCUGGAUUACUGCAUGAAAGUACCAGGCUCAGAGGAUAAAAAAGCUGAUGUGAAAAACCUGUCUGGUAAAAACAGACCUGUGAAUUCAAAAAUACAUGAUAUUUUUAAAGGCUGGUCUCUUCAACCACUUGAUCCAGAUGGCCGAGUAAAAAUUUGGGUCUAUGGCGUUUCAGGUGGCGGUUUUCUUAUCAUGAUUUUCCUAGUAUUCACUUCCUACCUUGUUUGCAAGAAGCCAAAACCACAUCAAAGCACACCUCCCCAACAGAAGCCUCUGACCUUAGCCUACGAUGGAGACUUAGACAUGUAACCUGAAAAAGAAAUCCAAAUGUAGACAUCAACUGCCUUAACUGCUUUCUCUUUUGUAGCUCUCAGACUUCUCAGUUUUUUGAGGAAUCUCACGAUGUGAUGUAUUGGGCAGAAUACAAAAAUUGCAAAAGUAAUAUUGCCUCAACUUCAUUUGGACAUGGAGUAAAGGAUUAGGUCUGCCAUUUUGUUUUCAAGUUGUUUGUAGGUGUGAGUGUUUUGCUUUUUGGUUUUCCCAAGGAACCUGAAAACCCUUCUCUUCUUGUUUGGAAAUGGGAGGAAGAAAACAUGAUGGAAUUCCCACAGACUUGCAUAAACUUGAUCUUCAGCAGCAUAAUGACAAUCCAGAGGAAAGUCCAAUCAAGGCAUUUACUGUCAAUGACGAGUCUGACACUGCAUUGUUAUGCACUAUAUUAGUGCAAAGUCUUUAUUCUUCCCAUACUUCAACACUGAGUUUUCUAGAAUUUACAUUAGUUCAAAGACUUUCAAAUUGGAUUGCCUAUUUUCAUGAACACAGAGAGAGCGGGUUACCAUUUCAGAAAUUCUCUGAGUUUUUACCUUGAAAUAUUGUAUUUUGUUUAGUUGUCAGGGGAUGAUGGCACUUCAUGGGUUGCAUCUAUUGCAAUUAACAGUGUGUGUGUAAUUGCUGGACUAGAUGAAAGCAAGGUGGUUUCUGAAUGGAAACGUGUACUGGAUGUUAGAGUGUACAAAUGAGAUAGGUAUUUAUGUUGGAGAAUGAGGUAGAUUAUUUGAUUACUCAAACUGUAUUUUAACAAAAACUUACCCAUGUAGAUAUAGCAUUAACCACACACAGUUGUAAUUCAGUUUAAUGAUGACAAACUCGGCUUUUGUAAUUUCAAUUUUCUUAUCUGAGUAUUUAUAAAUUCUUUUUGUGAAUUUAAUUAUCUGACCUCAUU